AUGCUGUCUCCAAAGCCCGUGCGCGUCUACGUAGGCGGGUUACCCGCCACCAUCCAGACGCAAGAACUUAACGACCGCUUUGGACGCUUCGUAAGCAGCGCAGCUGAUUGUCAAUUGACGCACGUGGAGCUCCCGCAGUCAAAAGAGACGGAGGUAUCCAGUGAAAGUAGUGCAUGCCGUGGAAGGUGUCGCGGUUUUGCGUACUUAACGCUGCAAGGUACGGACGCCGUCACCCAGAGCGAGGCACUGCAGAAAACGUACAACCGGACGAAAUGGCGGGGAAUGGGGUUAAAGGUGCAAGUGGCACGACCUCAUUUUCGUCAAAAACUCGAGCAAGAGUGGGCGGAGCAAGUGAACGAGCGAAAGCAGUGGGAGCUGAAGAGACAAGCAGUGCAGCAAGUGGAGCUUGGGAGGAGUGGGGAAGCUGUCAGGCCGUUGAAGUUGAGUGUCCCGUUUCAAGGACGAAAACUCACCGAGUUUGAGGAGGUGGACGAGGUAGAACCUCUUCAGGUGGUGGGUCAGGAGGGAGGGACUGUGGAGACGGACACGGAGAGUGGUGGUGAAGAGGAGAGUGAUGGAGAGGGGCUGCGAGAGGAUGACGUCGAGGAGUUUAUGAAGCAGUAUCUUGAGGAUGAAGCAGCGGGAAUGGAAAAAGAGAUGAAGCAGCCGCACAAGGUGCUGAGUCGAGAGGAGAUGAAUGCGCGACGUUUAGCGGCGCUGGAGGCAAAGCAGAAGCGGAAGAAGGAAGUGGUGGUGAUUCCUGCGAUUGGAGCGGCUCCAGGUAACAAGAAGAUCACGUUUGAUGAUAGCGGAAAUGAGCAGGACGUGGACGAGCACGAGGUGGACGAGCAAGAAGAAGAAGCUGGAGUGACCUUGGACUGGAUGGACUCGAGCGACGAUGAAGCACGUGGAGAUGAUUCUGAGCGUAAAACGCUUGACUUUGUCGACGAUCGGGACACUGAGGCUGUUGUUGAUGCGGAAGUGCAGGCUUCAUUUGCCUUGCGACCCGAGUUUGUUGGAGAAAAGGGUCGGAAGCUGUUUGAGAUGCAAAAGCGCUUUGGUGGUGACUCGCGGUUUCGUCUGGAUGCCCGUUUUUUGGAAGACGAGGCCAACGAGUAUGGCGGCAAUGACGUGGAAGUUGAUGCCGAGCAGGGAAUCGAUGAGAAGACUGUUGCUGAGCUGCAGACUUUCCUGGACGACGAAGACUUGGAGGUGACGGCUCGUCAUGCGCGUGAAAUGUGCGAAGAACAGGACACAGCUUUGCGAGUGGUGGCCAAGUUGUACCCUGAUGUCGACGUGACGCGUUUGCAGCGUCGAAUGCAGGAGCAGCGUGUGCCCAAAGAUCCUCUGAAGGAAGCAGCCUGGAUGGGAGAAUUGAAGCGGUAUGAUCCGCGAGAUGCCCAUGCAUGCCGCGAGUUCGAGAUUCCCAUGACGGUUGCUGCCUCUGGACCUCAAGAGGUGACGGUUGCGUCCAAACACUCGAAGGAAAUCCCGACUGGUGGUGAUCGCUUCUUCUCGACUGCCGGCGACCUCAGCAACCUGUUCUCACGCGUUCGCAAAAACUCAGAGGAUGGCGAGGAAGGCGAAGCAGCGCUGGACGGUGUCUUUGGGCUUGGCACAGCUGCUAGUGGAAGUGACACUCCGUUCAAGCUCAGCUCCUUGUUUUCUUUCCCGGCUGGAACGGACAAGCCUUUGGCUGCAAUGGGCGAGCAGCUUCUCGAAGAAGACCAGGAGAAGGAAGAACCGAAUGCACCAGACUCGGCCUUCUUGCAAGGUUUUCACCCUUCAGAUUUAUACCAUGAAGACGAAGCCAUGGCCACAUAUAGUGAAGCUGGUGAUGAUGCUGAGGAGGUCGAGCAGACGAAGGCUGCACCGACAACGAAAUGCGCCAAGAAGACUCUCGAUGACUUUUUGAGUUUCGGCAAGACAUUCGUUGGUGGCGGCGAUGCGAUAGCAGCAGACUGGCCCGAGCGUCGAAAGAAACUCACACUUGACUACAAACGAAAGCGGCGCGAUGCUGUCAAGAUGAAAAACCGUCAAAACAAACAGCAGAGUAAGGUGAACAAGACAAAGUCAGCAACAAAUACCACCGAGACAGCACCAUCGUCGAAAUGGAAGAAAGCCAGGGUCUAA